UCCUCUCUAUGUGGGUGAAUGGAGGAGAGUCUUCCUGGAGAGUAAACACUCACGCACAGACUAGCUGAUUACAUCGGAUCUCUCACCGUUUAACACUAAAAAAUCACCCCCAAACAUGCCUGCUGAUACUAAACAAAUCUAUGAGUUGGAAUCUGAAUUGUACUUCCUAAUAGCCAGAUUUUUGGCAUCGGGACCCUGUCAGAAGGCGACAGAGGUCCUGAUACGCGAAGUGGAGGAGAAGCAGCUGCUGCCGAAACGAAUAGACUGGAAGGGCAACGAGCAUCCCAGGACCUACGAAAAUUUGGUGAAGACUCAUAGACACGUGGCUCCAGAUCAUCUCCUUCAAAUAUGUCAGCGACUUGGACCUCUCUUAGAGAAGGAGACCCCACAGAGUGUUCCAGGGGUACAUUCGUUACUGGGAGCUGGAAGACAGUCUUUGCUUAGAACAAACAAAAGUUGUAAACAUGUGGUAUGGAAAGGAUCAGCACUUGCGGCAUUGCAUCGAGGAAGACCCCCUGAGCCACCAAUCAAUUAUGGUAGCCCACCUAAUAUAGUGGAUACCAUUCGGGCUCGACAACUUACUGGGAGCUUUCGACUCGGUCAGCUUGUUCCAACAGCUGUGUAUCUACAUAUGAAGAUGCAUAAGCGAAUUCUGGGGCACCUAUCAUCUGUUUACUGUGUUACUUUUGAUCGAACAGGGAGGAGAAUAUUUACUGGAUCUGAUGAUUGUCUGGUGAAGAUCUGGACAACCGAUGAUGGCAGGCUGCUGGCAACUUUGCGAGGACAUUCUGCUGAAAUCUCAGACAUGGCAGUAAACUAUGAAAAUACUAUGAUUGCUGCAGGCAGCUGUGAUAAAAUCAUCCGGGUUUGGUGCCUUCGGACAUGCGCACCUUUGGCUGUUUUGCAGGGCCACACUGCAUCCAUCACAUCUGUGCAGUUUUCACCAAUGUGCACUGGCUCUUUGAGGUUCCUGUCUUCCACAGGGGCAGAUGGUACAGUUUGCUUCUGGCAGUGGGAUGCUGGCAUGUACAAAUUUAGCCAUCGGCCAAUUAAAUUUACUGAGCGACCAAGGCCAGGGGUUCAAAUGAUCUGUUCUUCUUUCAGUGCUGGUGGAAUGUUUUUGGCAACGGGGAGCACAGAUCAUAUUAUAAGAGUUUACUACUUUGGGUCAGGGCAACCUGAGAAGAUUUCAGAGUUGGAAUUUCAUACUGACAAAGUUGACAGUAUUCAGUUCUCCAACAUGAGUGACAGGUUUGUUAGUGGAAGUCGAGAUGGUACUGCAAGGAUCUGGCAGUUUCGACGGCAAGAAUGGAAGAGCAUUUUACUGGAUAUGGCUGUCAAACCUGCUGGAUAUAAUCCACAAGGAUUAGAAGAUAAAGUGAACAAAUUGAAAGUAACCAUGGUGGCAUGGGAUCGUCAUGACAACACUGUUAUUACAGCAGUCAAUAACCUUACAUUGAAGGUUUGGAAUUCUUGCACUGGUCAGCUCAUACAUGUCCUAAUGGGACAUGAAGACGAAGUGUUUGUACUUGAGCCACAUCCCUUUGAUCCCAGGGUCCUCUUUUCUGCAGGGCAUGAUGGCAACGUAAUCGUUUGGGACAUAGGGAGGGGCGUGAAAAUCCGAUCGUAUUUCAACAUGAUUGAAGGUCAGGGACAUGGAGCAGUGUUUGACUGUAAGUGCUCCCCUGACGGGCAACAUUUUGCAUGUACUGACUCCCAUGGGCACCUUCUUAUCUUUGGCUUUGGUUCAAGCAGUAAAUAUGAUAAGAUUUCUGAUCAGAUGUUCUUCCACACGGAUUAUCGACCUUUAAUUCGUGACGCUAACAACUAUGUCUUGGAUGAGCAGACACAACAGGCACCGCAUCUUAUGCCACCUCCAUUCCUUGUGGAUGUGGAUGGCAAUCCCCAUCCACCAAAAUACCAACGACUAGUACCUGGCCGGGAGAACUGUAAUGAUGACCAACUCAUCCCACAGAUGGGCGUGUCUGCCACAGGGUUGAACCAGGUUCUGAGUCAGCAAGCAAGCCAUGAAAUUAGUCCUUUAGACAACAUAAUCCAACGAUUACAACAGGAACAGGACCAGAGACUGACCACAGGUACCAACAACACCCUGAACAGAGGAAGAAUAGGCUCUCAGAGUUCUACCUCUGAGAUACAUUCACCUCCAAACGUUGGACUGAGACGCAGUGGACAAAUUGAAGGUGUGCGGCAGAUGCACAGUAAUGCACCAAGGAGUGAAAUUGCCACUGAACGGGACCUUGUGGCCUGGAGUCGAAGGGUGGUAGUCCCAGAACUAUCUCAAGGUGUAGCCAGUAAACAGGAGGACUGUAGAACAGCCAAAGGAGAAGAGGAAGUAAACGUUUUUAAAUGUGAGAAGAAAAAGAAGUCAGCAAUUCAGGUUCAGCGAGAAAACAAGAAAUCAAGAUGCCUUUCCGUCCCUUUUGCCAAACUUCACAGAAGGACUUCAGUGCAUUCCUAUGAGCGUUUGCAAGAAAGUGGAGAAGGGAAGAAACAGAGCCGUCAGAAUAUACACAAUUAUUGCACACGAUCAGCAAUGGAUGAUGGCAGUAGAAGUUUACCACAGAACGUUGAUUACAACAGCUCUUCAGAGGAGGCUGAAGUCUGUGCUGUCAAUGGUGUGACGUCAGAAGAGGAUGGGGAUGCCUGGCACAAUGAAAGCAGCAGCUCUAGUGACUAUUCAAGUGACUAUUCUGACUGGACUGCUGAUGCUGGUAUUAACCUCCAGCCACCAAAAAAAUCUUCACGGCAACAAGCAAAGAAAGCUGUUAGUAGUUCAGAAGACGAAGGAGAAAAAGAGAAAGGGAAAGAAAAAGAAAUAAAGAAGGAAAGGAAGAAACAUAAAGAAGACAAAGAUGGUACUGCAACUCCAAAGAUAAGAAGGAAGCCGAGGGAGAAAAGAAUAAAGAGACCACCAGCUGGAGUCAUACCGAAGCAAGGAGAGACUCUGGAAGAGUGGCUUCCACCAGUGUGGAUUACUGACACUAUGCCUAGGCGUUGUCCUUUUGUACCACAAAUGGGUGAUGAGGUUUACUAUUUUCGACAGGGUCAUGAAGCCUAUGUUGAAAUGGCUAAGAAGUUAAAACUUUUUCGUAUAAAUCCUAAAAAGCAGGCAUGGCAUAAGAUGGAUUUACGGGAGCAAGAGCUGGUGAAAAUCGUUGGGAUCAAAUACGAAGUGGGACCCCCAUCUCUGUGCUGUCUCAAACUGGCUUUCAUCGAUACAGACACAGGCAAACUGACAGGAGGUUCAUUCUCUAUGAAGUACCAUGAUAUGCCAGAUGUUAUUGAUUUUCUAGUGCUACGACAGCAGUUUGAUGAGACAAAAUCUCGACAGUGGAAGAUUGGAGAUCGAUUUCGGUCAGUGAUUGAUGAUGCAUGGUGGUUUGGGACCAUUGAGAGCCAGGAGCCCCUACAACCAGAAUAUCCUGAUAGUCUAUUCCAGUGCUACAAUGUCUGCUGGGAUAACGGAGAUACUGAAAAGAUGAGCCCUUGGGAUAUGGAAGUGAUACCACCUGAUGCUGUUUUCCCCACAGAACCUGGAUCAAGUGUUCCCUUGACUGCUGCCGAUCAUAAGAUACAGCUGUACAAAUCUCAGGAAGGAGAAUGGGGCUGCAGAAAGAGAGAUGAUGAAUGCGAUAGAAUUUAUAAUGGGAUCUGUCAGCUCAUAACUCUUGAUAUUGCUGCUCCAUUUGUGGCACCCGUGGAUCUCCAGGCUUAUCCUUUAUAUUGUACGGUAGUGGCUUAUCCUACAGACCUGAACACAAUUAAAGAGAGGGUGGAGAAUAGGUUUUACAGACGUUUGUCAUCCUUGAUGUGGGAGGUACGAUAUAUUGAACACAAUGCACGGACUUUCAAUGAACCUGGAAGCCCUAUAGUUAGAUCCGCCAAAUUAGUCAUCGAUGUUCUCCUGCAGUUCAUAAAAGACCAGAAUUCUACUGACAUCCUUCCAUUCUACAAUAACUUGAAGAAGAAAAUGAUGUCAGAUGAGGAUGAUGAAGCAGAGAAUUCUGAUGUUCCAGGAACCUCUACCAGGAAUAAGAAGGAAUACCAGCCGAGGAGGACGCAGCGUAAUCGUGUCCGGUCACAUGAUAUUAAUGCCUGGAAGGUGCGCUGUAGAGAGCUGCUGCAUUUAAUCUUUCAGUGUGAAGAUUCGGAGCCUUUCCGUCGGCCUGUGGAUUUAUUUCAAUAUCCCGAUUAUAGAGAUAUCAUAGAUACACCGAUGGAUUUUGGAACAGUUCAGGAGACACUGGAAGCUGGAAAUUAUGAGACGCCGUUGGAAUUGCGUAAAGAUGUGCGCCUUAUUUUUAGUAAUUCCAAGUCUUAUACUCCCAGCAAAAAGUCAAGGUCUCCUCAUAUAUGUGUGUCUUUUCAACAUAGAUGUUUAUUCUCCCUUCAAUAUACAGGUGACAUCAAAGCUGAAUCUUCAGCACAGAAGACCCCACAAAUAAAUGGACACAGUGUGUGCAUCUCUGAAUCUGUGGUCAAGAGAGGUCCUGGUAGGAAACCACAGGAGGUAAAAAGUCUUAAAGGACCUGGUAAGAAAAGAGGUAGGAAAAGUAAAAAAGAGCUACUUGAUAUUGAACAUCAGAAUGCAAUGAAGAAAGCAGAAGUUAAAAAAGACAUAUCCAAUGAGAACGGUGAAGAAGCUACCUCAGAAAGCAGCUUUAGUUCAGAGACCCACACACAAAGAAAAUCUUUGCAGAAGAAACCAAGAGGCAGGAAACCCAAAGGAAAGAGUCUAAAAGCUAAAUCCAAAUUGAUAGCUGCUGCUAAACGAAAAAUGCAGACAAGAAGCAACAGUAGGAAGCAUGAGGAGCCUAUGGAACCCAUUGAGCCCAUAGAGCCUGUGGAAGAUGAUGAAAGGACUGAGGAGGCCGUGGGCUCUAAAUCGGUCAUGAAAACGAGGAAUCAAGGUAGACGGACAACAUGCUACAAUGAAGAGGAUUCAGAGGAGGAGCAAAGGCAGCUACUGUUUGAAGAUUCCUCUUUAACUUUUGGAACAUCCAGUAGGGGCAGGCUGCGGAAACUGACUGAAAAAGCAAAGGCUAACCUGAUUGGUUGGUAAACAACUAUAGCGUUUUGUCUAAUCAAUGAAGUUUCUUGUUUUAACAAGAACGGGUAAGGGAAUUUUGCACUUGAGGUCACUGCAUUGUCACUUGCAGAUUGAUUAAAGACAUGAUUUGAGAUUUUAUCAGAAGACAAAAUGAGCAAGGACCGAAUUGUUUAAAAACAAUUUAAUUUCUUGAUUAAUAUUCACUAGUUACUGUCUUGUUACAUUAUAAUCCAGAAAUCGUUGAUGUUUUGCUAGCAGUAAUUCAUGGUAGAAUUUUGACAUUGUGAAGUACAUUUUCACCUAGUUCCAUCUUCUGUUUUCUGAAGAACUGCAGAUUUUGGUUUUGCUUUGGAAUUGAAGACAAAUUUGCAGUUUAGAGGAUGGGCUCAGUUAGUAUUUACAAUUUCAUAAAAAUGUAACAAUGAUUGACAAUUAGUUGGCAUUAAACUGGACAAGUUCCUUUUUUUAAAAAAAGAUGCCUUUUAAAUUUUCCAUUUCCGUUACUUCAUCUUUAGAGAUAUUUUAGGUAUUCCAUUCUGUUUUUAAACUUCUAUCAUCAAGAAUUUAUAAAAGUAAUCUAAAAUAAUAAAUUAAAAAUGUGACUGUCAUGUUUCAGCAUCCCUGAAAACACAUUUAAUAUUUAAGUUAGGUAUUUGUAGCUCUCAAAAGUCUGCAUUGGUGGUCAGUUAAGUUUGGAAAUAUAUGUUGGUCAGUAUUUUUUAAAAUUCUUUAAUUGUUCCUUCAAUUCCUUAGUGUUCAGAUAGAAUUGUUUAUGUAAUAUUACUUACCUUCUUUUCAAAAUUUAAUACACUUAUGCUGUGCUGGCUCGCAUCUUUCAUGGAAAAGGUUAGAGUAGUGUUGUUUAUCAUUGAUUGGUUUGCACAUCAGCAAAUAUAUCCCAUUCUUCAAUAAGCAUAUUUAAGUUGAAAUCUUAAAUGCCAACCAAGGAUGAUAAGUCUUGACUUUAGCUUUCACUUUGAAUCCCAAAGCACCUACCAUCAAAAUCUCCUGAUUGCAGUUCUUUUUUUUCCAGUUUUUGAUGUUUCACAUACUCAUUUACAAUCAGCAAAUUUUGCAAGUACUUGCACUACCAAUUAUGUAUAAUUGACCAUGAUACAAUUAAGCAAAUAUAAUUUAUUUUUAUCAUAAAAAAUACAUUUUGAUAGUUAUUUUGUCAUGUAUAUUUAGGUUGUACAUGCUGUCCUCACUUCACCUUCAGAAGCUAACAAUCAGUCCUUGCUUAUUUGUCAGCCAUAAUGUACUGCAAAUAAUCUACAGUUGACUUCAAGUGCAUUUGGGCACCUGCAAUUCAAGCUUUCCAAAGAAUUGCACAAAUACCCUGUCAUUUUCCCACUAUUAUGAAGCAAUUAUAAGCUGCUUCUCCCAUUUGUUGAAUGUAGAGACAAACAAAAAAGACUGCAUUGCACUGGAACUGAGUGGUUGUCUCUUGCUUGUCUUACACAAUCAGGAAAAAAAUGUUGCCGAAGAAGGAGUCUGAUUUUAGUUAUGUUUUUCACUUACGUACUCACUCACUCUCUCACUCACUCACUGACUCACUCACUGACUCACUCACUCACUCACACACACACACACACACACACACACACACACACACACAAACUUGUAUAUUGUAAGUAGAAAAAAUAUUUUAAGAUAUAGUGCAGGGAUGGGGUUGAGAUGUGCCAUCUAUUCAAAUGGCUUUAUAGCACACUCACAUAUGAACGCUUUAUAAAGGGUUUAUGAGAACAUGCCCAGCUCCUUUAACUGGGUAAGGUUAUGAGACUUUAGAACUACCAAGCAUGUGAAUUGUGCUGAAAUUUCCAGACUUCUUUAGUUUGUGAGAAUUUCCCCCACCCCUUCAAUGAUACAGGAUUUCAUGGGAACUUACUUGGCACUGGUACGCAAUUAAUAAACGUCAUGGUUUAAAGAUCCCAUUGUAUAUGAAUAUUAGCUCAAUUAUGCUUACUGGGCUUUCUAGGGAGAAACAUUCAUUCCAUGCAGUAAUCUGUUCUGGAGCUUGCACCCUAUUUUCUGAUUUUAAAGGAAAGUUGACUUUUUUGUAAUCAGUAAUGAAGUGGUCAAAUUACUUUUUAUUGGAUGCUUGCAAAUAGUACAUUACUACACAGUGUCGUUUUUGUGCACUUUCUGCCUAUGUCUGUUAUGCUACAUUGAGUCAGUAUCUUCCCUUAAAAGGAAUAGCAUUUGGUGAUUGUGCCUUGAAUAUAUUUUUUUUCUAUUUUCUUGUUAAUGGUUAGGGCUGGGACAAAGAUUAUUACACUCCAGAGGUUUUCUAUCUUUUGACAUAACCUACUUGUAUGUAAAUAACAAGCAAAACUGUGUUUUUAAACAUGAGAGCACAGAAAUCACUUUUGAAAGUGAUGAGAUACCAUGCACUGCAUGCAGUAAAUGUAUACAUGAUUGCAGAUCAAUUUUCUUUCAAACUGCCAAAUGUAAACAGUACAUUCUGAAGCAGAAUAUUUCUUCAAGACACUUCAGAAUUUUGUCCCAGUUCUGAUUUCCCCUUGGCAAAGUAAGGGUGAUGUUUGAUUUGAUGGUAAACUUCUCACUGAAGUGAACUUGAUUUCUUUUGCUGUUCAUUUUUCUGAAGUAAUGUGAUAGUUUUUAUUUCUUGGUUUACCAUUUUUAUUUGAUUGGAUUUUUAAAACAGUUAGUUGUUUUUAUAUAAGCAUCACCUCUUACCCGUUAUUUUUGUAUGAACUGUUAAGAAAACAUUUUUGCAAUUCAUCACUUACAAAUAAUGCAGAUAUGUAGAGGAGCAUCAUACUCAUCAAGAUACCAGUGCAUUCUAUCCAGUCAAGUUGGAAACUGUUGCUAUGAUAUGUACUCGUGCAUCAUUCUGGCUUUUGUUUAAGUAUUUGCCUUUGUUAACAUUUUUUUUUCAAUAGCCAGUGAACCAAGAAAUAAUUGUCAUUUUCUGUACAAUUUUAAUGUGACCUUGUUUUCAUUCUUACUGGUCCUUAACAGUAAUGCACCCACAAACUGAAUUAAGGUGUCUCUUUCCCUUUUGUAAUUCUUUGUCAAACAUGAUGUAAAUAAAUAAUGGAUUCUUAUGAGUGGGUUUUGAGGCCAUAUCCUAUUUAAGGGAUUCUGAUAAGAAUUAAAUCUGAACUGUUCAUGAAUGUCAUCAGAACCCCUAGAUUAGGUUAACAUUUGAAAUCACUCACUGAUAUGUUUGUCCUAUAAUGUAUACUGUGUUUGGAAUUUAACUUGCAUUAUUGCUGUUUUGUGAAAAUUUGUGGGAUUCUUAAGGUCUUAAGAGCAUUUUGGAACAUCAGUGUGUAACCAAAAUGGUACUUAUUUUGAGAAAUAUUUAUUCCCUUGAGACACCAUUAUUGUGGGUUUAUCAAAAAUAAUUUGCAGUGGGAUACAGGGAAACUCCAUACACCGUAUAUAUUAUAUAUAUUUCCUUUAUACUGUUCAUAUCUGCGGAACAGCAUUUUGCCAUUUCCCUUAGGAUCCUUAUUCCGAUCCUAUUUUUAAAAUAAAACUUAAUUCGAGAAAAUUAUUUCAUGAGAAUUUGAUCUUUGUCUUUAUUAAGUUUGAACAUUCAUGAUUUAUUUGUACAUGAACAUGCAACUGAGCUAUCUAAGCUGUAUCCUCCUGUUUUGUCCUUGGUGGGGCAAAAAAGAGUAAAUCUUUUAAGUUUAUUAACAUGUUGGUUUAUAUAUUUUGCUUACGUAAAUAAAAAAAAAGGAAACUAUAUGUAAACAUUCCACAAAACAUUUUCAUGAAAAAUGUAAAGUGUUGAUUUUGCUUAUGCUGAAUUCCUGUCCUUUUUACAAUUAUGGUACUAUUUAGAAAUCUGUUCUAAAAUUUAGCCCCUGGGCUAAGGAGCUGCAAUCAUUUGUCAAAAGUGUACAAACAUUCAUGCUAGAUUUAAUAAUGGUUAACAGUUAGUAAUUGCAACUUAAAUUAAACCUUUCCUUCCUUCCUCCCCCCCACCUUCCCCUGCCACCAACCACUUGAAUUUAGUGGAGAGUCCAAAACGUUCUCCAUAUAAAGUAUAAUGUCAUAUACACCGUAAGUUAAUUUUUUGUUUAAAAAAAACAUAAAUCUGAGUUAAAUUUUAGCUAUAAUCCUAUUUUUUAUGUUAUAUUUCACACACUUGAAUUUUAUAGAUUAGUUUAUUAGUUUAGCUUAAGAAUUCAGUUUUGUUUUUAAAACAGAUCACAGAUCAGCCAUGAUCCCAUUGAAUGGUGGACCAGGUUCGAGGGGUUGAAUGACACUCCCCUGCUCCUAUGUUCCUAUUUGUCAACAUAUUAUUUUUGAUACUAUUAACUCGGAUAACAAAUAAAAAUAAUUUCUCCUCA